ACACGGCAACGGGAUCAAAAAAAAAAAAAAAAGGAACCCCCACUAGAGGACUGUGACGGGAGUAUCAGAACUGCCUUCAGAACUAAGGUACCUGGUGUCUAACUACGAUAUUAAAAACAUGGGCAAAUCCCGCCGGAACAGAGCUCGGGGAAACCGCAGCGACCCGAUCGCGAAGCCUGUGAAACCACCAUCUGAUCCAGAGCUCGCCAAGCUCCGGGAGAGCAAGAUCUUGCCCGUGCUCAAAGACUUGCAAAGCCCAGAAGCCAAGUCCAGGACAGCAGCUGCCGGCGCCAUCGCCAACAUCGUACAAGAUACCAAGUGCAGGAAGCUACUCCUGCGGGAGCAGGUCGUUCACAUCGUUCUCACUGAGACGCUUACCGACAACAGCAUCGAUAGCCGGACCGCCGGUUGGGAGAUUCUCAAAGUGCUGGCCCAGGAGGAGGAGGCGGAUUUCUGUGUGCAUCUUUACAGGCUCGAUGUUCUCACAGCGAUCGAACAUGCUGCCAAAGCGAUCCUCGAAACGCUCACUGCAACGGAGCCCCCAUUUUCAAAGCUUCUGAAGGCUCAGCAACGGCUAGUAUGGGAUAUCACGAGUUCCCUACUCACACUUAUCGGCCUUCUGGCAUUGGCCCGGGAAGAGAUCCUGGAAGCCAUCGUCAAAAACCAGACGGUCCUGCGCCUCCUCUUCCGCCUGGCUUCCACCGACAUCGCCCCUCAGGAGAUGUUUGAGGAGGCCCUCUCAUGUCUCACAGCAUUGUCAGAGGACAGCCUCGAACUUGGCCAAGCCAUGACCAACGAUCAAGAAACCCAGUGUUACGACGUCCUCCUGAAACUGGCGACCACCGGAACUGGUCCGAGGGCGGUAUUGUCCUGUGGUGUCCUACACAAUGUUUUCUCGUCAUUACAAUGGCUGGAUCACAGCCCCGGCAAAGACGGAGCCUGCGAUGCCGUCCUUAUCCCUAGUCUGGCGCGGGUGCUAGAACAGGUCACCCCAAGCAGUACACUUGCCAAUGGAAGUUCGAGCCAUGCCGAGAUUACACAGAUCGCCCUUGAAAUACUAGCCUCUAUUGGGACUGAUUUCCAGGAGACGCUCGUGAAGGGUAACCGUGCGCCGUUAGAUCCUGCCAAGGCCAACGAGGAGUGGAAUGGUUUUGACGACGCUGGCGCCGACGCCAUGGAUGUUGACCAAGGCUCGGACGCCGGAGUCGAUGAGGACGAGGCAGAGGAAGAGGACGGCGAGGACGGCGAAGAAGAUGAGGACGACGACUCGAUCACGUCGGACAUGGAAGCCGACAUGGGCCGCGUUGCAGGAGAAGAGGGUUCAGGGGCAGGGGACAUCAACGACCUCCCAACACUCCGCGAGCUCAUCCAACGAGCCGUCCCGCAACUCAUCCGCCUGACCAACAUCCCCGUCAACAGCGAAGAGACGCUCGCCAUCCAGUCCCACUCCCUCUCCGCGCUCAACAACAUCGCCUGGACCAUCUCCUGCCUCGAGUUUGCCGACGGCGAAAACGCACACAUCCUCGGCGCGUGGGUCCCGACAGCCAAGAAGCUCUGGCGCAAGGCGAUAGCGCCCAUCCUCGACGCCGACAGCGCCGACCUGAAGCUGGCCACCCAAGUAACCGGCCUGGCCUGGGCCGUCGCGCGCACCCUCAACGGCGAGACGCCGUCGGACGGCAACCAACACCGCAAGUUCAUCUCGCUCUACCACGCCGCCUCCAAAAACCCAACCGAACAACCACAACAACAGCAACCCGGCCAGGACGACAGCAGCGAAGCACAAGACGACCCCUUCCAGGGCCUCGGCGUCAAGUGCAUCGGCGUGCUCGGGUCGCUAGCGCGCGACCCCGCCCCCGUCGAGGUCAACCGCGAGGUGGGCGUCUUUCUCAUGACGCUGCUGGGCAGCGACGCGGCGCCGCCGGCCGACAUCGUCGAAGCGCUGAACCAGCUGUUCGACAUGUACGGGGACGAGCAGGCGCCGUGCGACAGGGAGGUGUUCUGGAAGGACGGCUUCCUAACGCACCUCGAGGAGUUUGUGCCGCGGAUGAAGGUGCUGGUCAAGGGGGUGGACAAGAGGGCGCAGGCCGAGCUCAGGACGCGGGCGGACGAGGCGCUGCUCAACCUGGGGCGGUUCGUGCAGUACAAGAAGAAACAUGCGCCAAAAUGAUCCGGGGAAUGCCGCGUCAUUCAGGGGCUGGUUGGAUGGACAGGGCAGUUGGGGAGGUGCGAGGCUGAGUGAGGUAUGUCACAGAUCUCAGGAGACCGGUUACUCACCUCGGAGCCUCAAUCAGCAACGUUGAUGGCUGUAAUGAGAAUGAAAGUCAAUAAGUGUCAUGUCACGAGCGAAUCAGCAGCACGGACCGUUUGAUAUUGGUGACUGCACAUUUAAUCAAGUUGCGCUUAGAGC